UCUCUUCCCCACCUCCCCUCCGAACUCCUCCUGCACAUCCUCACCUACCUCGACAUCCCCGAUCUCCUCCCCCUCUCGCGGACCUCGCACCUUUUCCGGCACCUAACCCUCGAUCCGCUGCUGCACUCUUUCCGCCUCGCCCGCGCUUCUGCGAUCCUGAACCACGACAUCCCGCUGCGUCCACGCCUGGCGGAUCUCAUGAACAGGUCGAUCUAUGUCACGCGGACUACGAUGGUGGCGAGGAAUCUGGGGCGGAAGUUGGUGGGGAUCAAGUUGAAUAGGAAGUUGGGGAGUCGGCCGAGCGUGGAGGAGCUUGUUGGGUGGGGAGUGCUGCCGGGGGAGUGCUACCAUAAGGGAGGGAAAGGCGGGCUGGCGCCGGGACUUGUAGAGACAAAGAGGAGGGUGGAAAGGGAACGUGUGAGGGAUUUUUUGAGGGGGUGGGUUGAGGAGUGGAGGAGGAAGGGGAGUGAGAUACGGGGGGGAGGGGAAGAGAAAGUUGAGGUUAGGAGGAUGGCGAGGAGGUUUGCGAGGAAGGAUACUAAAGAGCAGCCACGGUGGGGACGCAGGGUCGAGAUUAGAGAGGCCCCGGCGAGGGCGAAGGUGCUAGGUUUGAGGAGGUUUUGGGAGAAGGUAGGGAGGGAGGGGAUU